UGGGGGAUUUGAUUGGAGGGUUGAGGAAAGGGGUGGGUGAGUUUAUCAGAGCCUGAGCGAGAAUUGAAUUUGGUGACAGUUUGAGAGAGAGAGAGAGAGAGAAGCAUAUCCUAAUUGCAUUGCAGAUUGCACACACAAAGUGUUUGUGUUGUUGCAAUUGGUAGUUUCCCAAGUCAGAGCAAUGGAGACCGAACCGCAAAGUGCUGCUAAAGACGAGGUCUUGUCGGUUGAGCUUUCAGCACCUCCUGCAUGGAAGAAACUGUUCUUCCCUAAGAAAGUAGGAACACCAAGGAAAAGUGAGAUUGUAUUCAUAGCUCCUACGGGGGAGGAGAUCACUUCCAAGAAACAAUUGGAGCAGUACCUAAAGGCACAUCCUGGGAAUCCCUCCAUCUCGGAGUUUGACUGGGGAACCGGUGAGACUCCUAGGCGAUCUGCAAGGAUCAGCGAGAAGGUCAAAUCAACUCCACCAUCAGAGACUGAGCCUCCAAAGAAGCGACCUCGAAAAUCAUCGUCCGGCUCAAAGAAGGAUAACAAAGAAACUGAACCUGCUGCUGAGGAAGAAGCCAAGGCUGAUGCAGAAGAAACUGAUAAUAACACAGAAGCAAAGACUGCCGCAGAGGAAACCAAGAACAAUAACUCAGAAGUGGAAAAUGCAAGUGAUGAAAAACCUAAGGGGGAAGAAGCAAUGUUGGCAGAGUCGGGGGAGAAAUUUGCUGGUGGAGAAGCUUUGAAUACUGAAGUCACUGAAAAACCCCUAGAGGAUGCUCCGGCACCGGCACCGGCACUGAUUGUAUCAGAAAAAGAAAAUGGCACAUUUGAGAGUAAGCAGGACAUAGCAGAUACUGUGAUGGUUGAGGCAAAUGGGGGAGCUGAGACUGAGAAAGUGAAGGACAAUGUUGAAGAGGCUAAAGAAAUCCCAGUAAGUGAUGGAAAAAGCAGCAUUCAUGCUGAGGAGCAAGUAAAUAAAAUGGUUGACAAUGGACAAGUAAUUUGGAGCUGUGCUCAGUGAAAGUAUUCAUCAUGAUCAUGUAGUGUAAGCUGCAACUUAAUGUACCUUACUACUAAUAUAGCCGGUGACUUUUGUAAUGUUAUUCAAGUUGUUCUAGUUAUUUUAUGACAUGCUGGAUAACUGUAGUCUCGUACUAUAUGACUUCACAUUUGCCUGUAUCACUCCUAGAUUAGAUCUUUUGCUUUUUCAUAGUGCAGUUAUGAACUUCAUUGUAGCCUUUUGUCACAGAUUCGUGUUAGGAAUUAAUUGGUUUUUAUUUUCUCCGGA